GAGGGGGUUUUCAAACAUUGGCCAUUCUAUGUCACUUUUAGUUUAAUAAUGUUAUGUGAUGUAAUCUGCUAUUUUGAACGAGAAAAACGUACUUUUGAUUGCACAUUCACGAAAUUGUAUUCCAGAACUCUGCGCGCAAAGGUAUGCUGGUACGCGCGUGUACGUGUAUGACGUUUUUACUAACGACCCGGAUAGCCACGAGACGUGACGCCGGUCUAUGUACAAAAACAUCAACAUGUUUAUUGAUAUGAAAAAGGCAUCAUUGAGUCACCAUGAGAAAUGAAAAAGGAUGCUUAUUGCACACAGUGAGUGCUGGGUCUAGCCUCUUCACUUGGUGGAUUCAGCGAAAGAUGGGACACUGUAGAUAAGUUGUUCGGAAGCAGACUUUUCUUCCUGCGAAUGAUUCGGUGAAGGUGUCUGCGAAUGGUGCUAGAAGACAUUGCAUUGAGAGACGCACCGUGCAAGGAGGGAUGCGAUGCUAAAUGACCAGCGCAGUAAUUGUCAGGUUUGUUGACGACAGUCAUUGACGACAGUCACGAUUGUUGCCGGCCCGUGGUGUCUUUUUUUUUAACUCCUGUCUCCGAGGAUCUAGUCUCACUGAUGAGCACGAUGGAGGAAGACGCUUUCGCAUCCGAACUCCCCAAUGUUGCUGCAAUCCUGUCCGGUGUCUGGAUUCUAAUGAUCAUUCUAAUAUCCUGUGUUGGCAACGGUGCCGUCCUGGUGACCUCACUGCGCAAGCGCAGGAACUUGAAAGCGCUGGACCUUCUGACGAUUAACCUAGCGGUGUCAGAUCUAACGGUUUGUCUGAUUGGUUAUCCCUUGCCAGCUGUGUCAGGAUUUGCCGAUAGGUGGAUGUUUGGCGAGAGCGGCUGCAUAUGGUACGGCUUUUGCGGAUUCUUUUUCCCCAUGAACGCGAUGAUGACGCUGGUUGCAAUAGCCGUAUGCCGCUACCUGAAACUCUGCAAAAAAAACUUUGACGACACCCUGCUUGCUAAACACAUGCCGAAGAUUAUAGCGGCCGUAUGGAUGUAUGCGCUCGUCUGGACAGUCCCACCGUUAAUGGGCUGGAGCAGGUACGUCCCGGAGCGGUUCCGCACCUCCUGUACCGUGGACUGGGCGAGCCGGCUACCCAGCGACCAGGCUUACAUCAUUUGCAUAUUCAUCUUUUGCUACCUGUUCCCCCUGAUGUGCCUGAUUGGCUGCUACGGAGCCAUCACCAAGGCGAUAUUUGCCCACCGCAGAAUGAUCCUGCAACAGCACACGACCCACUUUACGCAUUUCUGGACCGAAGUUCGUUUGAUCAAGUCCUCCUUUUCGGUUACCCUCGCGUAUAUGAUCGCCUGGACUCCAUACGCAGUCAUCUCCUUCUGGGCCUUCGCCGGCGACGCCUCGAGCCUCCCGGUCGCAGUCUCGGCCUUGCCCGUCUUUCUCGCCAAGUCAGCCGCCGUCUACAACCCCAUCAUCUACACCAUCUUCAACCGGAAGUUCAAGAGCGAGCUGCAGGAGAUGUGCUGCUGCUGCGGCUGCAAGUGCUACAACAUCUCCAUCAACAUCAACACGACCAUCACCCCUCAGCAGGAAGGCGUGCUGCCCGUGGCGACAGGCACUGCCGAGCGCUCGCGCCUCGUCUUCUACAACCCCUUCUCCAAAUUCCUGAUCGCUUCACCCUCCAUGACCCACCCGGUCCACAAGGUUGGCACCCACAAACGCCUGUUCGUAACGACGAAGAAAGCCAGCAUUCCCGCAGAACCCGCUAACCCCCUUGGAAUGGUAAUCCACCAAGAGAUAUCCAACCCUUUCCCUUGCAUUCCGGAAGACGACAUGCCCGGUCCUUCCAGGGGAUUCUCGUCCGGUGAGAGGCGCGGUACGCUGACGAUCACUAUGCCGCUUGUUCAUCUGCCCAACGUAAUAUCCUCCGCGUCAUCCGUCUCGGGUGUCAUAAAUGAUGCCUACGACCCGGCGUCGGCUGCGCAGAAUUUUAACCCAAGGAAGCGCGGCUCAUUGUAAUUGCUGAGAUUGAGAUAUAGACCCGAUGGCGUGCUGGGAUGCCCGUGGACCUUUUUCACGAAGAAGCCAUUUUCUUGUCGUGUUCCCUGAAUGUAUUUUGUAAAUUGUGAACUGUUGGAUGGGAUGGUGCCAGACUAUUUAAAAAUCUAGCCUCACUUCAUUUCUUAUCAAAAUGUGGCUAAACAUUAGGGUAUGUUUAAUCACAAAUUUUAAAUUAUUCCGUAAGAGCAGACUGAUAUUAAUUGGUAACAUACUUUAUGUCAUUGCUUUCAUUUCUCUUCGUAAGUUCCAAAAAUGAAGAUUUUUUACCUCGAUUUUAAUUCAAUAUUCAAUACAUGUAUGUUGAUUUUUUUUUCUCUGAAAUGAAAAACAAGUUUUCUGCCUGAAAUGUCAGAUCCGUCCCAAUUUCUCAAUCUAGGACGUACCGCGUCCUCUGAUACAUGGAAUAAGAAAGACGAUGUUUUAAUUAAUGUUUCUUUAUUCGAGAGGUGCUAGAUCAGUGCGGGAAAUGUAUACUUUUCUCGGGUCAGUCUAUUUCAUUGUGUAUAUGUAUGUGACAAUAACAGUUGUAUCUUUAAAAUUGUAUUUUGAUUGUUUCAGAUGGUGAAUAAAUCUCAUAUAUAUUUUGUCAAAA